UAGCUUGUAGUUUGCGUGCUGUAAUGUUAGCAAUGGCACCGAAUGCUAAAACAACAGAGCCGGAGGUGCGUUUACGGACUUGUUAGCCGCUGACAGAAUGAGAUAAGAUGGAUGGUGCGGUGGUGGGCUCUUCUGUUGCCGAAGAGGACGAGUGUUCAGACGGCUCAGAGGCUUUAUGUUUGAUGAGAGUCGGAAGAAAUUCAGACUGGCUUCGGCUGUUCGAAAACACUGAGAUCACUAUUGGACGUGGCGUGGAUGUCACCUACCAGCUGCUGUCUCCAAGUUGUCCUCUCAUGAUCUCCAGGUUGCACUGCACUAUCAAGCAGAAUACAGACGGACAGUGGACUGUAACAGACAAGAAGAGCCUCAAUGGUGUGUGGGUGAAUGGAAAACGCAUUCCCGCUGAAGAAGUCCAUCAGCUCAGGCUCGGAGACUCCAUCCAACUUGGGGUUCCAUUAAGUGGAAGCAAAGUGGAAUUUGACUACAUCCUCGCCCAGCGUCCCCUCAAAGACAUUAAACUCUGCCUUGCAAAGGAGCACAAAGAUGGCGCUAAGUCAGCCCCAGUUUCUAAGAAGUCCAAGAGGAAGCUCUCCAUGGAAGAAGUUGAGCCGUCUACGUCAAAGCCCAAGCUGUACCGACACUCUACCGCUGACAAGUCAUUUGCAAAGCCCUGUCCUCUGCCACAAGUGAAACGUCAACAGAGGCUCAGUCACUCAGAACCAGAGAAAACUGGGCCCAGCCAACAAGUCCAGGAUGUAGACCAGCCUUUCUGUGGCUCCAGUGAUCCCUGUGACCUGGACAACCUGCAGAUGUACAGCCAAAACAUUCUGUUGCUGAGGGAGCAGGUGGACGACACACAGAGGCAGGUAGCUUCUCUGGAGGGCCAGCCCCGGCAGGCUGACCCUCUCAAAGAAGAGCAGGUGAAGGAGCUGCAGGGUCAGCUGGAGACGCUCCGAGCCAAAAUGCACCGGAUGGAAACGUUGGAAAAAUCCUUCAGUGAAACCAAGAAGCAGUUGGAGGCUGAGAAAACGCAGCAAAAGGAGGAGCUUUUGACAAAACAGCUGGAAGAAGCCUUGCAAGAGCAAAAGAAAGUAAUAGAUGAACUCGCCCUUUCUCGGCAAGACUUUGAAGAGAUUCUUUUAGCCAAAAACAAAGAAUUGGAAGUUACAAAGGAGGAGAAAGAAAAAGCAAGAGCCCAAAAAGAAGAAGUGGUUACACAAGUGACUGAAGUUCUGGAGAACGAGCUUCAGUGCAUCAUCUGCUCCGAGCUCUUCAUUGAGGCAGUGAUCCUGGGCUGUGCUCACAGCUUCUGUUCUCACUGCAUCCAGCAGUGGCGCAAAAAGAAAGACGAGUGUCCCAUCUGCCGACGGGCCAUCCAGUCCCAGACCCGCUGCCUGGCGCUGGACAACUGCAUCGAUAGCAUGGUGGAAAACCUGAGCCUGGACAUGAAGGCGAGACGCCAAACCCUGAUCACACAGAGGAAAGCAGCUAACCCCGCGGCGGUGAUGGUGAUCGAUGACGAGGAGGAGGAGGAGGACGACGACGAGGACAACAGCAGCACCUGGAGCAGCGACAGUGACGGCAGCAUGGUGUCCAUCGACAGCAGCCUGAGCUCUGUGGUGUCUGUGGACGGUAGCAUCCAUUUGGACUCUAGCCCUUCGUACAUCGGUUACUCGGAUGAGAGCUUUGAUGAGUUUGAGAGUUAAUCCUGUUCCCCCUGUGAGCUGAAAUAUGAACUGGACUCUUUGAUGUUUGGAUUUCCCUUGAAGGACAUUUGAAAUGGUACACAAAAUUUGGUCUCAUCAUGAGACGGCAACCAGAUUUAGACAGAAGUUUCUUUAGUUCUGUCUCUUUUUUUUGUAACAUCAUUUAGUGGUUUUAUUGUCUUUAUUUUCAACAAAAGGAAUAAAGUUUCUGCCAGUAUGCAUGUCA